AUGAAGAUACUCACAUUGACAUGGUUAUUUAUCUCUCUCACGCACAGCCUCGCAGUCACAAACACAGCAUUCGUCGACUAUGAAGGCUACCAGGUUCUCCGCAUCAAGACCGGGAGACAUCUGAAGGCUGUGCAGGAGAAACUAUCAUCUCUCUCGUUCGAGCAGUGGAACCACGAUGUCGCUAGCCACAUCGAUAUCGUCUUGCCCCCUGAUCAGCUCUCCGCCUUUGAGGCCCUGGGUCUCGACUCGCACUGCAUGCACUCCAAUCUCGGCGAGUCGAUUCGAGCCGAAUCCGCUGUACCAACGACAUGGAAACGCGACAUCGGUGUCGGUGAUCUCUCAUGGUACGACAGCUACCAUGCCUACGACGAGCACGUGCAGUAUUUCAAGGACCUGCAUGCCGCAUUCCCGGACAACUCGGAGCUGAUCUCCAGCGGAACGAGCUACGAGGGUCGAGACAUCUUCGGCCUCCAUUUCUGGGGCCGCAACGGGCCUGGAAAGCCCGCGGUGCUCUGGCACGGCACGGUGCAUGCUAGAGAGUGGAUCACGGCGCCCGUCAUCGAGUUCCUCACGCUGAACCUCAUCCAGGGUUACAACGGAGGUGACAACGUCACGCAGUAUUUCGUCGACAACUAUGAUUUCUGGGUCAUUCCGUUUGUCAACCCCGAUGGCUUCAUCUAUACCCAAACGACGCAACGCUUAUGGCGCAAGAGCCGGCAACCGCCGCCUCCACCACCAGCCAAUCAAUCCUGUUUCGGGCGGGACAUCAACCGCAACUGGGCGUACGAGUGGGACAGCAACCCGCAGGGCGCCAGCACGAACCCGUGCUCGGAGGUGUACAAGGGCGAGGCGCCGAGCGACACGCCGGAGAACCGCGGGCUGACGAAGCUCGUGGACACGCUGCGCGACACGAGCGGCAUCAAGCUGUACAUCGACUGGCACAGCUACGGGCAGUAUAUCCUGGCGCCGUGGGGGUUCAACUGCACCCUGUACGCUGACGACCUGGGCCAGCAUAUCAACCUGGCGGCGCUAGUGUCGUACACGAUUCGAGAGGUGAACAAUGUGACUUUUACCUUUGGGCCUAGCUGUGGCACGCUGUACGCUACAACGGGGAGUAGUGUGGAUUACAUCUACGGCGCUGGCAAGGCGGAUUGGAGCUAUACGAUCGAGCUGCGCGAUACGGGCGACUUUGGCUUCGUGCUGCCCCCGGACCAGAUUCGUGCCACCGCGGAGGAGCAGUGGCAGGGCAUGCAAGUCAUGUUGAGUUUGUUGGAUGAGGUCUUCUUUGAUGGAGAGGGCCCAGCUGUCCAUGUCUAA